GUGCCGGUUUUAUGAUCGGUCGCUAUGAGCUUUUCCCGGAAGUACCACUGGGUAUAAAAGCAACCGUUGCAGCGAUCUAUGAACCACCACAGUCAUCUUCAGCAGAUUCGUUGACAUUGGAAGACGAUCCACAGGAGGAAUUGGUGGAUGAACUUUGCUCUUUUCUGGGCCUGAAACGUGAUUCCUUCUUCCUCACUGCACAAGAAUGUAUCACAGCUGGUUGGCUGCAGAAUAAGUAUCGGAAUGUGACGAAUUUUUGCAGCGAUGGUUACUUUGGUUCCAAAUUUACCACAGUUGUGGCAUCAGGUACAGUUCUUGACCCUCUAAUAUGGGUUUUUUGUCAAAAAAUUUCUUUUUUUUUCGUGCUGAGACGGGUUGAACAUCAGUGUAUUCUCACUGUGAGAGGCAGAAAUGGCAUUUGA